AUGCAACCACUCCCAAAGGAAGAGAAACAUCCGUUUCCAAGUCCUAAGCGGACAAACGAAGGGCCUUUCCUCAUGUGCACCUUGAAAAAAGAAAAUUCCCCUAUAAAAGAAAAUUUUCACAAUUUAUCCAGUUCAUUUGAUCCACCUGUCAAAAGGUCUUUGACUGACAGCGAACACGAUAUGGCUCCGUAUCAUUUGAAACGUUUCAAACAGACUGAGGAAGAUUUAGCGUCCUUGGAAAAUUGUGGUAGUAUUUCAUCCUCAAAUAAAGCGAGUUUGCAGCAGAUUGUCAGUGAAGUGGCUUGUUCGCUCGAAAGGAAUAACUCUGUGCCAUCUGCGUCGUUUCGGAGAAAGAAAACAUUUGCCUGUGGAGCCUCCAAUGCGACAUUACGUUCCGUUGGUAUUAUGGAUUUAAAGCGACAAGAGAAUGUCUUUGAAAGUUCGCCUCGAGUAGCUGUGAACGCAGCCCAGGAAAAUCUGGAUGCUUUACCAUCUUCAGCCAAUGGCCAAGUUAAAGCAGCUCUUCCAGUUUUUAGAACACUGAAUUGUCGCAGCUCCAGCACAAAUAAAGGUGUUGCAAUUGAUCAUGAAUUCUUUCCUAAACUUGUCGGGGUACACUCAAUUCAAACAUCAUCGGCGUUUUCACCCCAGAAAGGAGCAAAUACCCAUUUUGACCAUGAUUAUGGUUCACCACUGCCCAAUGAACUUUUACAAAAGGAAACUGCAGACGACUGGAACUUUGGAACUCUAAAUAACGACAGCGAGACGGAGGGUGACAUAGUGAGUUCUGUUCCACCCAAAGCAUUUCCCCUGCCACGAUCUAAUCAAAGCCUAUCAUCUGAUGAAUCCAUGGUUCGUAGAGACUCCAAAUGUCAUACGCAGGACAGGCUAAGAGCAUUACCCAUAAUUCCUCUUGUUCUUACUACAAGCAUCUCUCCAGAUGUUUCCACAAGUCCUUUGAUGGAUGCAAAUCACUCAAGUCGACGUGAAAAGGCGACGUUGCCACGAAAAACUUCCAAGUCAGUCGCUGAAAUACCUACCGCUAAAAGUCUUUUAUCCAGCUCACAGGAAAAUCGUAAUGCUUCUCUGCUCGCACAAACUCGUCACUAUUCAAGAAAAAGAGAGAUUGCGAAAAAUACAGAAACAUCCUCGGCACCCUCUCUUGUCAGCUCGACAUUGAUGUAUUCAAAUAAGAAGCUGAAUCCCCGUGAGUCUCCCACAAAUAUCAAAUCUGUCAAUAAGCAAGAAGCUGUUGACAUCCAGCGAAUGGCCGCCAGCAGCCCGCCGCGUAAACGUCACUGUCGUUCAAGUUCACCUUCCAAGAAGCCGUACGACCUCCUGUUCAAUUUUAAAAAACCAAAUGGUAGGAGUGAUUUGUUUCUCGUUGUGAAAGAUAAAGUGUUUGCGGUGGAACAUUUUGACUACGAAGGAAGGUCAUACUUGAUUCAUACCAACCAUAAAGGGAAGAGAGCCAUUCUUGCUAAACUUCCAGAAGCCGAAAGACUUAAAUUACAGAUUAAUGACAGAGGAGCUAUCAGACAUGAGCAGCAGACGGAUCAACCUGCGACCUUACAGCAUCCUGCUAAGACCUCUCUUUCUGUAGCAGCACUGCAGGAUAGCCUCUAUCACGGAGACGCGACAGAUACAGUUUCUUCUAUUUCCAGUCGCCAGCUGGAUUCAGGCACGAUUUACAGAGUAAUGAGAGAAGAGAACAUGCAGGAAAGAGCAAAAUCGCUGAAUGAAAAUGGUGCGAUUUUAUCCAGAGGUGCACUGGUCCGGAAUAGUGGUCGGAUGAAAAGCCAUUGUCAUCCCUCGACGACGUCUUUGCAAAAUAAAAGGCUACUACUAAAGCAAGUGCUAAAUGGCAUAAGGAAAGAGAUAUCUAAUCACAAGGACACUGUGUUCGUUGGAAAGCACAGUCUUCCACAGGAAUCUACAGAUACACUAGCAAACGAUCGAGGUAUUUAUGUUUUCAGUACCACACACUCCACUCCCAGAUGUGCCUCCACUUUGUCUGGAAGAGAAAGAAACCUGCAAAGCAUUGUAAAUCCAAACAAUUUGGAUAGAUAUCAAGAAUUUGAUGCACUUUACCAUCAACAGCAAUACUUAAAUACUGAAGUGGAGAGUUCAGCCAGGAAAAUUCAUGCAGCUGGCAUUGGGCAGCAAAAUUUCCUUGAGAAUCAACCUGCAAAAGAAGCCACUAACGAAAGGUUCGCUCGUGGAAACACUAUGCCACCUUGUGAGCGUGGGACAUUGCACCGAAGCGAUUCGAUAAAUUUUAUCGCUCACCGAUAUGACUCAAACGAGCAUGCCUUGUCAACAUCUGGCUCCGUGAACAAGCCAUCUGAAGAUACAAAACAGAUUUUCAGCCUGAGCAAGACAAGCGCAAACGACGUGAUCAACGUCGCCAAAACUGGUGCUUCCGGUCGCAUGUACAUCUACGAGAAGUCGCCACGUAAUAGGCAAUUUCGACAGCUUAAUAAACUUUUGUUAGGAGACAGCCAUGGAAAAUGCAGCACUAGUGCAGCACCCCCGGCUGGAAAUAGAGCUGUGGAAAGUUCCAGAGUCACACAAGCUUCAACUCCUUCCGAACCAGUACCAGUUCUUUUGAGAAUUCCUAAUGAAGUGCCGGAUCACAAUGCCAAGUUUUUUAGGAAAAGACCAAGCCCAGACACCAUUAUCCAGCAGCGUGCCGUUUUAGCCGACACCUGUCAUUCACUCAGGCAGGAAUGUUAUAAUUCGAAGACUAUACAGCAACUCCUGAAUGGACGAAAUGAGGCAUUACGAAUGCAUUCAAAUCAAAUAAGACAAGGUGAAAAUGGACUCUUUCAGUCUUGCGUUGCUGCUUCUACCGACUUCCUACAAAGCAGGGAGUGUCCAUGUUACAAUACCAGUGUUGCUGGUGAGAAAAAUGUUUUAGUUCACACAGUAUCGGAGGGAGCCACUCGAAAGACCCAACAGCCACUUGAAUGGCAACCUAGACGUGCCCACAUCAGUUUUCAGCAAAGAUACCUUGAGGAUGCACUAAAUCGAGGUAUCACAGACGUCGCUGAUUCAUGGGAAGUUGCUAAACCAUUGGACGCCGAGAGAAAUACGGCAGGCGACAACGUCUGGGAAGGAAUGGAACUACAACGUGGCAACUAUCAGAAGACUUGCGUCAGUAAUGGAGCAGUACCAGAAAGUCCUAUGGAAAUGUCCAAGCCCUACAAUUGCAACGGAGAUAAUUUCGAGAAAACUGAGGAUCCCACCCAAAAAAAUUCUCAAAAUGAUCUCACACUUCGAGAACAGCUAAAGAAAGAAAGUCCAAUCACUACAAGACAAACAGUGAAAGAAAGGGGCAAAUCGAAGAAAAAACAUUCAUGCCGCCCUGAGUCAAAGGUGGAGAGAAACUUGUCUCACGUUCCUGGUACGGCUGACGUUAUUGUCAUUGAAGAUGACUGA